CUGCACCAGCGAGACCGCGCAGGUGGCGUGGCGCCGGGGGAAGGACAGCUCCGUGAGCUCUUCACCUGUGGGGCGUGACCGCCGUCCUCCUCCUCCUCCUCCUCCUUCUUUUUACUUGAAGGGCCCGCGGCGCUCUAGCGGCAAGAGCUUAAAAGCGGAGCUGGUGGUAAGCGGAUAGGAGACCUGCUGCCGCUGACGCUUUGUAAAGUGUCCCGCCCGCCGCGGAUCAAGCUGCCUUUCGCGCCUUCGCCCCGUCGAGCCCCAAGGACCCGUCCGGGAGGGGGACAUCAGGCUGGACUCGCCGGCGGGAGGACGGGGGGCCUCUUUGCCCGGCGGUUCGUACUGUCCGUCUUCUCCGCCGUACUCAGCCGUUGACAGGCACCGCCGUUCCCGCUCCUCCGCAGGUGCCGAGUCUUGGGCGCGGAUCAUCGUCGCCCUGCGGAGCUGCCUGUCGGAGCACUCCUCCGGGAGCGGUCGGUAGUGGUUGCCGCGGUGCCCUCGACUCUCCGUGUCCGCUGUUCCCGCUGCCAUGCUGCCUUGGGCUUGGAGGCGGCGGCGGCCUGAGCGAGGGUCGCUCUAGAGCGCACGGCGGGCGGGGCGGGUGGCAGAGGCCUCGCAGCGCUAGCAACCCCGGCUCGGCCCGGGCCCCCCGUCUGCGGAGGACUGCCUCCGGGGGAAGGGGGUGGAAGCAGGGAAAAGACAACAAGCAGUACAACUUCUGCGAAUUAAAACAGAAAAAAAAAAAAAGAAAGGCUCCUUCCUGGGGCAGCUUUCAAAGCUCAGCACCACGCCAGGCAUCCGAGUCUCAGUAAAAAGGCAUCACGCUACUGAAUCUCGCCACAGUAACAGGAGGAAAUCUGGGCCUGCUGCUACUGCGCUGAAGUCCUGCGUGCUUUAGAGGUGUCUUGGCUUUCUGGCUGGGAGAUGAUUCCUGAAACAGGACCAUGUUCCUGCUGACAGACUGCAGGGUCAUUGGAGGAUGCCUUCCUUGAGGAUUACACGUGGAGAAAGGCCAUCAGUCAAGGGGAGAGCUGGCUGGUGAAACUGUCUGACUGUACCCCUCACCGGGGAAGGUGGCUUCAAUGGCUCCAUCUCCCAGGAGAAGCAGUAGAAAAGAUGUCAACGCCUUGCCAAGCAUGUCCUCAACUUUCUGGGCUAUCAUGAUCCUGGCCAGUCUCAUAAUCGCUUACUGCAAUUAUAACAGCUAUUUUGGAGCGGAUAACCCUCAAUGGCUGUAUAUGAGACAUUGCCCGGGGUGCUUCCAAGAUGCUUUUCAGCUGGGUCAGCUGGCUGCAGGUACAUGUGAGAUUGUUACUUUGGACAGAGAUAGCAGUCAGCCCCGAAGGACUAUAGCCCGACAAACAGCUCGCUGUGCAUGUAAAAAAGGACAGAUUGCCGGUACAACAAGAGCAAGGCCAGCCUGUGUUGAUGCACGAAUUAUCAAAACAAAACAGUGGUGUGAAAUGCUUCCAUGUUUAGAAGGAGAAGGCUGUGAUUUGCUAAUCAAUAAAUCAGGCUGGACCUGUACACAACCAGGAGGAAGGAUAAAGACAACCACGACUGAAGACCAGCUGGAAAUGUCCUGAGGCCAUGGUCUAGUGGUCUGAGCUUGGGACUGGGAGCCAGAAACUCCUGAGCUCUAAUCCCGGCUCUGACAGUGACUCCCUCUGUGGCCUUGGCCUGUCUGAGGCCAUGUGGUUUGGAGAUCUGAUCACUAGUCCGAAAAGGAAAGGCUGUUUUCAAGAUUUCUGGGGUGUUUUUUCCUGGAAAAGGUCUCCUGACAAAUGCAGCAACACAGAAUCCUCGUAGGAGUGGUUUAGGCUCUGUGUGAGCUACUUAACUUAGUCAAGUUUCACUGCUGUUGAUCAUCAUCCGUUAUAUGUCAUCAACUCAACUGUCUGUUUCUCUGUAUGUCAUGAAUGACAGCAUAAUUCCUCUACAUUAUGAGCUAAAGUUUGUUCUACCAUACUAAGGAUCACUGGACUAAGGAAUAUAGAAAAAGAGAUAUACUUGGGCAUUAGCAAUACAAAAAAAGUUCAUGGUUAACGUUUCAUCUGCGCUAUACACCACUGAUGGACUUUGCUGUUACCUACAUGUUUUAAUCCGAAGAGUCUGCUACAAUGAAGAGUAUCAUCCCAAUCAGCCUUAGAGAAGACUGUUUUGCCUAUGGGAGGACACUGAGGUGCAAAAGAAAAACUCUUCUUGUGCCCUAAACUGUCUGAAUUGCUUUUAUUUUCUUAUACUUUCAGUAUUUACAAUAGACCAAAGAGCAAAAUCUAUUUUAAAGUGGACACAAUCUUACUGUUGAGUUAUGUCAUUAAAUUGUAGGAGGUCUCCACAAAGACACGAUUCCAGCUUUCAGAAAGCUGAGAUGUUGGUGUCCAGCUGAAGUCUUUAUGGAAAGCUGCAGUGAAAACAAACUCAGAGACCCCCUCUUGAAAUGCCACGUUUGAAAGAGCAUAAUGGAGCACCGAGAGAAAACAACCUAUGUUUGAAAGAAACUUGGACAGAAAGAACACAAACUGUCUACAUGGCACCUUUAUUCCUCUGUACUUAAAUUGACUUUCUCGUACUAAAAUCAUUUUCAGUUUUAACCAGUUAAACAUGCCUCUUCUACAGUUCCAUUUUUGAUAGUUAAAGUUGGAUAAUACAGUAUUUGCAAAGAGCAUGUUUGGUCGUCUGUGGCCUAUGUCUCAUCUGAUACACCAUUUAGCACCAGAACGCAAAUUAAAGAGAAAACAAAAGUAACACUUGUUUGAAAGAGAUCAUUAAAUGUAUUUUGAAAAGCCUAAAGUUAUAUAUUUAACAGUUUUUAUAUGUUGUAUAUUUGUAGAAAAACCUAUUUAACAAUUAACGUGAUAACUCUGACAGUCAUGACAAGUGGUUCAGAGUUAAGUUGUGGUUUAUUACUUCAGUUGUCUCUGAAGUGACUGGUGUCGUUUGCUUUCUUCCAUUGGGACAUUCUGGAUGUAAAGCAUGACCAGAGAGGACUGUGUAGAAAAAGCAAAGAAUAAUGUUGUUUAUAUUACAUAAAUGCAUUCAACCAUUGCACUGUUGGAAGGCAUUUCUUAUUUUUAUGUUAUUUUUUUUUGUCUUUAUGUACUGAUUAAAAAUAGAGUGUAAAAUAUUUUACUCAUUGCUCUUCAUAGCAAGGCUUGCUUUUUCCUUCCUUCCUUCCUUCCUUCCUUCCUUCCUUCCUUCCUUCCUUCCUUCCUUCCUUCCUUCCUUCCUUCCUUCCUUCCUUCCUUCCUCUCCCUUUCUUUCCUUCCUCUCCCUUUCUUUCCUUCCUCUCCCUUUCUUUCCUUCCUUCCUCUCUUUCUUUCCUUUCUUUCUUUCUUUCUUUCUUUCUUUCUUUCUUUCUUUCUUUCUUUCUUUCUUUCUUUCUUUCUUUCUUUCUUUCUUUCUUUCUUUCUUUCUUUCCUUCCUUCCUUCCUUCCUUCCUUCCUUCCUUCCUUCCUUCCUUCCUUCCUUCCUUCCUUCCUUCCUUCCUUCCUUCCUUCCUUCCUUCUUUCUUUCUUUCUUUCUUUCUUUCUUUCUUUCUUUCUUUCUUUCUUUCUUUCUUUCUUUCUUUCUUUCUUUCUUUCUUUCUCUCCCUCCCUUCUUUCCUUCUGAAUUCCUUCCUUUUGAAAUCCUUCCUUGCUUCUGAUUUCCUUCCAAAUUCCUUCCUUCUUUCCUUUCAUUUCCUUUUAUUUCCUUUCAGCCUCUCUCUUUGUUUCUUCCCCCCCACCACUUUUAUGUAAGGGUCAGUUUGAAGCCUGUUCUUUGAUCUCAUUUUCAGUGCUUUACCUCAUUGUUAGAGAGCCCACUUUUUUGGCAUUAUUAAUUAGUGAAAAUUUAGCAAAGACAACAUGGACAAGGGCAAAAUUAUGAUAAAACAGAGAAACAAACAAAACCUUGUUCCUUUUUACUAUACCUUUCAGUAUAUAUUGGUACAUAUUGGUAUGAUGCAAUCAAGGAAGCUUAAUUUCUUCCUGGCAAGUAUAUUAUGGUUUCAAGUAUACUACCUAAUACUCCAAUUAACUUUUAGUGUUAUGCUAGUUCUAUUCUACUAAAGAAAAAUAUAUAGAGAUUUUUCAAGUGACCACAGAUGAAACAUACAAAAAAGAAAAGUUGAUUAAAGAGGUUUUUUUUUAAAGGCCUUCUCUAAUCUGAGGCUUAUUUAAUGAAGAAGUUGCAGGAAACAUAGACUAUAGGUCAUUUUGUCUUCAAGUUAAAUAAAUAUUUACAAAAUUUAUAUUUAAUCUUGGGAUUUUCAAUCAGUGUCAAAGUAGCAAUUAAAGCCCAGCCACUUGAAAAGUGUUAUGGACUGACUGCACUACAAAUGACCAAUGUCAGGUUUAAAAUGUCAUGCAAUAAAUGAUGGUAAAUACAUUUACUGUACAUGUAGACCUCAAGACCCAGAUCCCUCACUCUACUCUCUGGUUUGGUUUAUUUUAAAGGGAGUAUAGUAGCCUUAUUUAGUAAACACAGAACAAUUAAAGAUGUUACAUAAUUUUUUUUUUUUUGCUUUACAGUAUUCAGUUUUGUGUUGCUUCAGCUAAAUUAUGAAAAAUAAAGAAAAUCCUUUUCUAAGUGAGA